ACACCAGAUUUAAAUUUGUUAAGUAUUAACUAGUAUAAUGGGAGGGACUGUGUAAUCUUAAGACGUUUAUGAUAAGAGAAAGUAAAACUAAAACGGGGAUAGUCUCUGUAUGAUCUCUUGUAUCAUCUUAUUUAUUCACACUCUUGAAUUAAAGCUUCUGUGUCCUUCAGAGAUGAAGUUUAUUUGUUUGACCGUCUUGAUUAUUUGUGGAAUUACUGAUUCAAGAUCAGAGCAGUAUGAAGUUGUGGGACCUGCAGAUCCAGUAAUUGCUUUAGCUGGUGAAGAUGUGAUUCUGCCCUGUUCAGUUAAACCCAGCAUCAGUGUUGUAGACAUGAGAGUGGAGUGGUUUAGAUCUGAUCUGAUAGACUCAGUAGUGUAUCUCUAUGAGGAUCAUGACGACAGAAACGCAGAGCAGACAGAGUUCUACAGAGGGAGAACAAAACUGAAUCAUGAAGAAUUACAGAGCGGAAACGCAUCACUCAAACUCUCAUCUGUCCAAGUCUCUGAUGAAGGACGUUACAAGUGUUUUAUUCAGUCCAAAUCCUGGUAUGAUGACGCUACUGUUGAUCUCAAUGUUGAAGCUGUUGGACGUCCUCCAGUGAUCACUGUAGAUGGAUUUGAUGAUACAGGAGGGCUUCAUCUACAAUGUGAAUCUGAAGGUUGGAACCCUGAACCUGUUCUUGAGUGGCUGAACAGUGAAGGAGUCAGCUUGAGUUCAGAAACUGCAGAGACAAGCAGAAACACAGAUGGAUUCAGAGUCAAACACUCUAUCACUGUACAUCACAGUGUCGGCAAGGUUCACUGUAGAGUGAAACUGAGACAUCACAUUCUGGAGACACUGAUUAUCGCCUCAAAUAAAAAGUUUAAUCCUAGGACGACAUCAAUCAUCUUGAUUUCAGCUGUUGUUUUACUCCUUGUGAUUGCUGGAAUGCUGAUAGCUGCAUUUUUUAAAAAACACAGAAAACUUGGUCAACUAAAUAAUAAGAACGGAGAAAUAAAACAAGAACAUGAUCAACUACUGAAAGAGAAGAGCAGAAUACAAGAAGAAUGUGGUAAUCUACAGGAUGAGAUAGGCAAAAUACAACAAGAAUACGAUGAAUGCAACAAGAGAAUAAUGCAAGGAGAAGAGGGGAAUAAAACCAGAAUAUGAUCAACAUUUACAGUUACAUGCGAACACACAAUCAAAAAAAAAAAAAGAAGAUAAAAAGUGCCUUUUACAAUAAGGUGGAGGUGAAGGAGUGAAUUAAGUGGUAUUUAACAUGAAGAGGUGGAACAGUCUGAAUCCUAAAGAUAAAUACUGGACUGUGGGUCGGAUUAAUGGGGUGCACUGGGCUUGUGAUUCUCCACUUGUCUUUCUUUUUCUGAGUGUGGUGCCUGAGAGGCUUUUGAGGAUUAUGAGGAGGGUCUGGCCUCCUUUAUGAAAAGUCCAUGCCUCAUAUCUACUCUUACGCUUGUCAGUCUAAGAUUCAAUUUUGCAUCCUUGGAAAUUAUUAUUAUUAUACAUUUUUUGAAAUAUUUUUUAACAUACUAUAAAUAUAUCUGUCCAGAUCACUCUUAAUGUUGUUUUAACACUUACUUUUACCACUCCUGAUGUAAUCCAUCAUGAAUAACAUCUUUAUUUUAAAUUUGUCUUCUUUUCUGUGCUUUUUAUGUCUCAUUUUAGUGCUUCACUGUGCGUCACGAAUUGCAUUUUUUAUUAUUAUAUAACUGUGAUGAGUGGGGCGGGGCCGAGAGUUGUG